AGGAGGAGCUGCAGCGAUGCACAGAGGAGCUGGCGCUCCGAGCGGGAAAACGGGCGAAGCGCCUUGGUGACCGAGGACGGUCCUGGGCCCCGGAGUCCUCCGUCCCCCACCUCCCCGGUCUUUGCCCGCGUCCUUCCCCGAGGGGCUUCGGGGGCAGAGCUGCCGCCCGCAUGACCCUCCGGAAGGGAGAGAAGAUGACCAUCAGCAUCCAGGAGCAUAUGGCCAUCGAUGUGUGCCCCGGUCCCAUCAAGCCCAUCAAGCAGAUCUCCGACUAUUUCCCCCGCUUCCCCCGGGGGCUCCCGGCGCCGGUGCCCCGCGGCCACUGCCCGCGGCCCCCCGCCGCCCAGGGCUCGGGCAGCCCCUCCGACCCGCCCCGGGAGGACGACGAGGACGUCGAUCAAUUAUUCGGGGCGUUUGGGUCCAGCCCGGCCGGACAGCCGGCCAAGCAGGAGGAAGAGGUGGACGCCGAGGGCUACGAAUCCGACGACUGCACUGCCCUGGGGACAUUAGAUUUCAGUUUGCUGUACGACCAGGAAAACAAUGCUCUCCACUGCACAAUCAAUAAAGCUAAGGGCCUGAAACCAAUGGAUCACAACGGCUUGGCAGAUCCGUACGUCAAACUGCAUUUACUGCCAGGAGCCAGCAAGGCCAACAAGUUAAGGACCAAAACUUUGCGCAACACCCUGAACCCCACCUGGAACGAGACCCUGACCUACUACGGGAUCACAGACGAAGAUAUGAUCCGCAAGACACUGAGGAUCUCAGUCUGUGACGAAGACAAGUUCCGCCACAACGAGUUCAUCGGAGAGACGAGGAUCCCCCUGAAGAAGCUCAAGCCCAAUCAGACCAAAACCUUCAGCAUCUGCCUGGAGAAGCAGCUGCCGGUGGAUAAGACAGAAGACAAGUCCCUGGAAGAACGAGGCCGGAUCCUCAUCUCCUUAAAAUACAGUUCACAGAAGCAAGGCCUCCUCGUGGGCAUCGUGAGGUGCGCGCACCUGGCUGCGAUGGAUGCCAACGGAUACUCGGAUCCCUAUGUGAAAAUAUAUCUCAAACCCGACGUGGACAAGAAAUCAAAGCACAAGACGGCAGUGAAAAAGAAAACGUUGAACCCGGAAUUUAAUGAGGAAUUCUGUUACGAAAUCAAACAUGGUGACCUGACCAAAAAGACCUUAGAAGUGACAGUCUGGGACUAUGACAUUGGAAAAUCCAACGACUUUAUCGGAGGUGUGGUCCUGGGCAUCAACGCCAAGGGAGAGCGCCUGAAGCACUGGUUUGACUGCCUGAAGAACAAGGACAAGAAGAUGGAGCGGUGGCACACCCUGACCAACGAGCUGCCGGGCGCCACCUCCGUCCUGAGUGACUGACCGCGCCGAAAGGCCGGCGGGGUGGGGAGCGAGGGUGAGUGGGGGCCCCCGGUGUCCCCUCCGGGCCCGUCCACUGGGCCGGAGCCCUCCUGCCCUGGGGAAGGGGAAAUGCUGACUCUGGCCUUGGGGCGGGAGCCCUUUCCCCAGCGCCAGUGGCACUUCUUGGCCCUGCUCCGCCCCACGGGGGCCCCGGGAGAGGCAGCCGGGGCAAGAGGUGAGCCGCUCUCCCGACCCUUCUGGCUCACACCCCACCUCCCCCAGCCUCGGGGGGUGGGGGGGUGCAGAAGUGAGGAUGCCCUGCCUUAGGUGAUGGGCUUUCUCGAUUCACCUUGUGACCAGGGCGAGAGAAGGGCAGCAUUUGCCAGUUGGGGGAAGUUUAGACAAAGAGACCCUUAGUGAUGUGAUGUUCAAGGGUUUAGAGAGGGGGAAAUGGACAUCUUGAUUAGCUUAACCAUCUGAGAAGCAGAAUCUCAUUUCAGCAGCGGCUGAGCCAGAGGCCCAAAGAAGCAAGAGUGGCCAGAGUUGCUCUGAAUUCCGCACUGGUGUUCGCACCCCUUGCCUCUCGUGAGCUCAGAAAAAUACCACCUGGGGGGAGGGAGGGGGUUGUGUGUAUGUGUGUAUAUGUGUGCAUCAUCUCUGCCAGUCUGAACCCCUCCAGCCACCAGUCAGGAAUAAUAAACCCACUGAGCACAGCUGCAAGAGGGAAGCCACAGCCCCCUGCCCAGCAGCGAUGGGGUCAAGGGGUGGGGGGUGGUCAGUGUCAGGGAUCUGGUUUGAAGCCAAGGAGAGAAUCUUCUCCUUCACAGGUAAGGUGGGCCACGGCUCUGGGCGGCAACAAGUAGAGAGUCCCGAAGGGGUCGUUGAGAAUGGGGCAUAGGGCCUAGGUUGGCAUGAGAGGAAGGGAGCUCUGGGUACAGAAUGAUGUUUUAGAAAAGUGAACCAGGCAGCAGAGGGAAGAAAUAGGGCCUGUGAAGGAAGCAUGGAUAGGAAGGGGCAGGUCUGGUAAAGAUAGAGGGAAACGGGGCAGGUUUUAGUUGGAGGAAAAAAACAUAGAAGAGUUUUCUGUCUAAAAUAGUCCAAAGAGAUGACGAGAAUAAUAUUCAAGUCGGAACUUGAGAGACAGAGGUGGGAGAGAGGGUUUGGGAAGUGUGAGUUCUUCCUGUUUCAGGCUCCUCUUUGUGUUUAGGGUGUACCGGGUCCCAAACAGGUGGAGAUUCGCCAGAGUGAAGAGGAAGUCAAGAUGGCAGAGGAGGUGAUAGGCAGUCGGCCAUCCUGCAGCAGGGGGAACCGGAUGAGUUAGUUGCCCAAGGGAGAGUGAAGGUAUAAAGUGAGGAGGUGGUGGGAGGAGAUCAUUCCCUGGCAGGGAAGCCCACUCGGCUUCUCGGGAAGGGUGACCCACUGCGCGAGGGCCACUCGUGUGGAAGGGGUGGCAGGGUGCAAGGAGCUGGGGAACGGCUUCUCCCCCACCCCUCGUUUCAGGCUCUGGGGAGAAGCCUGUCCAACGUAAGCAGAUUCAGAGGGUCUCUCUCUCUCUGGUGUUUAGAGUUACAGUGUUUAGCAGAGGGAAAGGCUGGCUGCUGGGCCCCUGCGGAAAACAGGGACAAAAGUCACAUUCGUUAAGUCACGUUUCAUUUGCUUGUGUGUUAGAGGAGGAAGGCGGCACGGUGUGUGCAAGAGGGAUUGAUAAGUAUAGCGGGGAAGCAAGCAAAGAGGGAGGAACGGAGCCCGCGGCCCCGCUUCCCAACCGGAGUCCCUAAGGCCUCUCCUAGGCGGAAGGGCCUGGGGUGAGGGUGGUAGGGGCUCUCGCCCACUUGCGCGGGAAGCUGUUGGUUUCACUUAACUGAACUGGCAAGGGCCCCCGAGAGAGCGGCCUGGCGCCUUGGUGGGUGGUUGUCUUCAUUUGUCCCUUUUCUAAUUGGUCCCUCGUGUGGCUGGCGUGCAUGGAACCCCGCUGUCCUUCCCUCCUCUAACUUGGUCUGUUUGAUACUGUUUUGCUACGUCGUGAAGGCUGCAGCAACUGUCCCUCACUGCACGCCGCCACCAGAAUUUUGUACUUGAGUAUUAUCUACACAACUGUGUACUUUUGGGUUCUCUUUGUUAAUAUUUAUAACGAUGUCUAGCACCUACAGUAAAGUGGAAAAAAGCACA